GCCAGUUUUCUAGUCGUCCUGCUCAGCCUCGACGUUCAUUCUACCUCGAUCAGCCGAACUCGCUAGUUCUCUGCAUCCUUCGGAGGAACGCUCUCGUGAGAAGAAGUCUUUGGAAGACUGGCCAGAGAUCUAGAACGAAGAGAACAAUCGACGCUGAUUAAGAUGACGUGCAACUGGGUGUGGUUACUAACUUUAUGCUCCCUCCUCGUGAUAGCACAAUCUCUGCCAACGAAUCUGGCGGACGAUGCAAAAAAGACUGAACAAACAAUGAGACCAAAACCUAAACGGGCACAGGAAAUGUUGAUGUUCGGUAACCAACAAAAUCGCCAGCCGGAGAAAAAACCAAGCGCAUCUUACACCUCUACCGCAGAAAAGAGGACCCUAGCCGCAUCCGGACUAGGCGGGCUAAAAGCAGCUCUUGCCGAGGAGGAGAAGCCUUCUCACUCUAACAUACCAAACAACGCUGUCUACGAUCGUGAUUCCUUUUCUCCAUACGACAGAAGCUACGAUUACGGAAAGGUCAUGAUGAACGAUUUGGGAUAUGAGAUGCCCCAAGUGUGGGACGUUCCAUCAUACUCCCGUUACUACAUGAACGAAGACCGUCGGAAGAGAUCCGAGAAGUCGACCGGAUCGACUACCGUGAAACCGUCGACCACUUCGUUCCAAUCUCCAACGUCCACUCAGCAGUCUGUGCAGGCGCAGGUGAAGAGAAGGUGAGUGAAACUUAAUUGAAUUGUUGAAAAAAGGGAGAGAGGUGAAUAAA